AUGCCUCGAUUUGCCAAAUGGACCACAAUCCAAGACUUAGCUGACAGUUUCACAAAUAUUAAACAAUUUGUUCAUGAAAAUUUAAAAUACAUGUCAGAAGGAUUCACCAUGGUUCGCGAGAAACUUGAGGAAUCACACAAACAUAUUUCUAAACUAAUUACAUUAUACGAAUUCGAUCCAAACGAAUUGAUAGGAAAGUUAUGUGAUGAAAAUGAGUUGAAAGUAUAUUCGGAAGUAUAUGAUUCGGAUACUGAGCAACAAGCUUGCAUGAAAAUGAUUAUUCUAAUUUAUUACUACCUUUCCACAGCCAUUUCGUGUAAUUGGAUGAAUUGUGAAGUGAGAGAGUUUUGUCAAUUUAUGGAUUAUGCAGAGGAGAGAAUUAUACCCCAAUUCUUUCGUUGUGCAAACCAUACUUAUCAAGAGGUGAGAAAAGGUGCUGAAGUGGAACCAUUCGAAUGUGGAAUUGAUAAUUUGGAGAAUUGGCAAAAAGUUGUUUUACAUUUUAUUGUAAAGGUGCAUGCUGAAGUUUUAAAGUGUAGAAAACCAAUUUCACAUGUCGGAUUUACUGAAUUUCCACCAUGUUUUCUAUUGUUAACGGUUUCUAAUUACUUUUUGGAAAGAAAGAAUCAAUUGUUGAAAGAAAAUCCUGAAAGUUAUUUAUCAGGAGCAAAUAGUUGGUUAUUGACCGAUCUCUUUUAUUAUUGGAAUCAAUUUAUUGAAUAUAUAACAACACCUACAGAGGAUGAUUAUGAACUUAAGGCUAAAAACUAUUACAAAAAUCAGGCUUUCGUUGAAGGAGAUCCAGUAGAGGAUAAUGAAAUUGUUUGUAGAAUUGAUAGACAACCAGUUGUUGGUGAUGAAAUUAGAGAAAUGCAAGCUGAUUAUAAAGGAAUUAUUCAUAAAAUUCCAUUCGAACCAAAGCCAACAAGGGAAGAUAUUGGAAAGAAAUUAAAUGUUAAAAUGUCACCAAAUCAAGAAUUAUACGUUUUACAAACAACUGAACAAGAAAUCAGAUCCCAAGAAACAGUAUUUGCCAAGAUUAAGAGAUUUGUCAAGCAAUACGGUGCUUUGGGUAUUGUAAUUUAUUUUGGUAUUUACUUUUUGGUUUUAGGUACAAUUUUCCUCUUAUUACAACAAGGAGUUUUCGCAACUAAGGAUGUUUUACAAUGGUUGCAUAGUAGUGGACUUGAUAAGCUUAUUGACAUGUCUGAUUUGGAUAAAUCAGAAAUGUAUGCCAAUGCCGGUGUUGCUUGGGUUUUGACUAAAUUUACUGAACCUUUGAGAAUGGCUGUUACUUUGGCUAUUACUCCAAGUAUUUACAGAUUAUUGAAAAAGUUAAUGAGAAAGUAA